GGCCCAUCUUCUAAUAAUAGUAAAAAGCCCACAAACAGCAAGCUAUGAUUUGUCGUUCAUACUACAUAGAAUUCCAACUUCUGGUGCGUUCCUCUUCUUCCUUCGGUAGAACGGAGCACGACUGGCGCUGCCCAACCCAAGUUUACAGCAGUCAGCUUCUCCACCGAGCGCCGGACUUGGGAAAGCAGUUCCGAUGAGCAGCAAGCAGAGACGGCCGCCGGACCCAGUGGCGGUUCUGAGGGGCCACCGUGCCUCCGUCAUGGACCUCUCUUUUCAUCCUUCCCAACCACUCCUGUUCACCGGUUCAUCGGAUGGCGAACUGAGGAUUUGGGAUACUAUCCAGCAUCGGACUGUAUCAUCAGCUGGGGUGCAUAAUGCAGCACAUGGUAUUGCUUCUGUUGCUUGUACUGCCAACAGAGUUAUCAGCCAGGGCAGGGAUGGGACGGUUAAAUGUUGGGAUAUUGAAGGUGGAGGUCUGCACAGGACUCCGUCUGUUACAAUCAAGACAAACUCUUACCACUUUUGUAAACUUUCCUUGGUGAAGAGGCCUCAAUCUUGUUCUACACAAGUGGAUGGGGUUAAGUGUCAUGAUGGAGAGGACAGAAGGGUUAGGGGGACCACUGAUGAAGAUACUCUAGAUGAUAGUAGAGACAAUGUUGAAGGGAAUCUGCCUGAGCAUCCCAGCGCCUUUGAAGAAAAUACUCAAGAUGAAUUAUCUAAAUAUGUCGCUGUAGCAGGGGAGCAAACUUCUGAGGUUGAGAUUUGGGAUCUUAAUACUGCAGAAAGGUUUGCACAGCUUCCUCAAAGCUGCUUUGGUGGUUCCCCGGGUAUUUCUUCCAAGGAGAGAGGAAUGUGCAUGGCUAUUCAAGCAUUCUCACCAUCUGAAUCACAGGGAUUCCUAAAUGUCUUGGUUGGUUAUGAGGAUGGUUCCAUGCUUUGGUGGGAUAUUAGAAAUCCGGGGGUUCCAAUGACCUCUGUCAGGUUUCAUUCAGAACCAGUUCUAAGUCUAUGCGUGGAUGGGUCAUGCAAUGGUGGUAUCUCAGGAGCUGCGGAUGAGAAAGUUGUGCUGUAUGGUUUGGAUCCUGCAAUGGGUACGUGUGUGAUCAAGAAAGAAAUUAUUUUGGAACGACCUGGAAUUUCAAGCACUUCCAUUCGACCUGAUGGUAAAAUUUUUGCAACCGCUGGCUGGGACCACAGAGUGAGGGUAUAUAACUAUCGUAAAGGAAAUGCUUUGGCGAUAUUGAAGUAUCACCAUGCAACGUGUAAUGCCGUUUCUUAUUCAGCCGAUUGUAAGCUAAUGGCAUCUGCUUCAGAAGACACAACGGUGGCUUUAUGGGAACUCUAUCCUCCUCGAACUUAAAACGAUACGGUGGCUGCUCCCGUCGUUCAAUUUAUUCUGAACAGAUUUAGCGUCCGACAUGAGUCGUCCAUUCCAACUUGAUGGCCUCAUACUGUCUGAGCUUGUGCAAUCUGAACAAUGUGGUGUCUCUUUUUAGGAUACGAAAACAACGUGGUUCGAGGUCCCUAACGAGUGAGUCUUCUACAAGGCACCCGAAAAUUUAAGACCAACCUCAUUUCCUUCCGCUCGAAGCAUGACCUGCAUCCCAUGAGCCAUUCAUUAAGCAGCCUGGCUGGUUUAGUUGCUUAUUAGUGACAUCCUACACGAACAGAUGAUUUGCCUAAAAAAACUCAUUCCACUCAGGUUUUGGCAAGAAAAUUGCGUAUUGGAGUGAUGUUAAAUUGUGCUAAUUAAGUGAUACCUAAUUAGAUGACAUGUUUUGAAGAAGAUAGUAAAUAU